AUGGCAAGUCAACGGCUAUGGGAUCCAGACUCCGAGCCGACAGCGCCCAGAGCGACCAACGCUUAUGCUGAUCUCGGCUUUGCAACUAUGAGCUCACCAGUCGGUAGUAUCAUUGCCAGUCCCAGUCCACAGAACAACGACGAAGACGAUGACAACGUUGAGUGGGAGCUUCAAAACAAUGGACUGUAUAUUGGUUCAUACUCUCGAAUAGUCUUAUUGAAUGCUUUGGUUCCAACUUUCGCAAUAGUGAUUUUCACUGUGCUAGCAUUCCUCCCUGACUUGGCUUGGCCCAUAGCAGACUUCCCUUCUCCAUACCCAUCAUCUUUCCCCUUCCCAUUACCUCAAAUUCUCAUCUCCAGCGCAUUCUUCAGUCUCACUCAUCUCCUCCGCAUUCCCAUAUUCUCACUCACUUCCUUCCUACUCCCUUUACAAUAUGCAUCUUUUGCAAGCACAUUCAUACAUGUCCUCAUCACAAACGGCCUUCGUGUCGCAUCCCUCGUAAUUCUUCAAGUCAGGCACACAAUGGACUAUCCCAUCCCUACUUGCCAGGACCCUGCUUUCCGCACUGUCUGGUGGCUUUCCCUCAACUUUGCAGAGGUGCUUGCUGCUAUUAUACAGGGAUACGAACAACUCGCUCUUUACCGCGAUCUCAUGGUCCCAGAGGGAAGAGAAACCGAGUUCCUGGAACGUAUAAAAUCCGGUUCUCUUGACGAAUCUGAACCAACACUCGAAAAUCCGCAUUCCCCACAACAGGAACACGAGACAUUCCAAGACGCAUUAGAAGACGGAGAAACUCGAAGCGUGGAAUCACGCAUUGAUCGUGGGUUAGAAAAGUUGCUUGUGAUAAAGAUGAGAGAUGAGCUCGAGGAGGUUUAUGGGCUUCCUGUCAUCAAAAUCCCAGUCUUCAUAUCCUGUCUCCAACGUUUUAACUCCAUCUUCCUCUCCAUAGGCUUCACCCUCCUCCUCAGCGCAGCAUACCUCCGCUCCCCACUAUCCCUCCCCCUCUCAGACGUAUCAAUCCAACUGUCAUCCGUCCCUGUAACUGACCAACUCAAAGAUUUCCUUCACGCGACCUCACAGAUGCAUUCCUACGACAGCUCGCAUAUCCCACUCAUCGUGACUACCCCCCUCGUCCUCCUCCUCCACACGAGCCUCGCAGUGCUGCACACACCAACCCUCCUGCCACGUGUAGGCGUGCAUACUGCUGCCUAUGUCGGUGUCUUGGUCGGCCUCAUGUCCUUUUUCGCGGGCUUGGCUGUUUGGGGGGCGUUGUCUUAG